UCUAUUACUUAAUGUAGUGACACAGCAAAAAUUACACGCGUACACAAGAGAUUAAUAAGAAAACAAAUACAAGCCAAACAGCACCUUGAAUAUUGGAGAACGUUACGUCUGUAUAUAGCGCAACGAUGCCAAGCGCAGCACAGAGUACAUUAUUUGCAGAGGCAUGUAGUUAGAAGAAAACUGGCAACAUUGUGAAAAAAUCCACAAUGGCAGACGCAAAGCAAGGGAAACCUUCUUCAGAGGAUUUUUACAAUGGCUCAUCAGUGGGCCAGUCUAGAGUGGUAUUAGCAAAGCCUCGACUCGGGGGCUUUGGAUCUUCUGGUUUUGCUUCAAGUUCAAGUAAAACCUGUAAUCCGUUUGGAUCUGUACUUCGCCCACCACAACUCAAGACCAGUGGUAACCCAUUUUUGAAAGUAAAUGACACAUCAAAUGAAUCUGAGGUGAAUAAAGAUACUGAAUCUGCUACCAAUGCUGAUGAGAAAUUGAAUGAGACUAAAAAGGAUGUGGAUGCUCCUAUGUUUGUGCCUCUGGCGUCAGGAAAUGUGACAUCUAGAACAGCCAGCACAGUUCCAGCACCGACACAACCAGCUAGUUCUUCAUCAGGCUUUGUUUUUGGACAGAAUUUAAGUGAAAGAGUAGUUAUAAAUGAGAGCCUAAAUAAUGGUGAAGCUUCUACAGCAGAUCAUGGCACAACUAAUGGAACUACAGAAUUAUUGUUUACAAGUGCAGCUGCGUCUGUGAAGGAAAAUGCUCAGGAGGAGGCAGGGCCAAGCGAAGGGGCAGGAUCAGGGCCGGGUCUGGCGGCUGCGGCGGCAGAGUAUGAAAGGUCGCAUGCGCCGCCACCACCACCUACCACUAAUUACACAACUACUGGUGAAGAGGGUGAGAUAAAUGUAUUGCAGAUUUCAUGUCGUCUGUUCGCAUGGGAGAGCGGCAGUUGGCGAGAGCGCGGACGCGGCGUGUUGCGGCUUAAUGACCCGGCGGGCGGGGUCAGCUCAGGCCUGGGGCCAUCGUCGGCCUCGGGCCUGGGGCCAGCCUCGGGCGCGAGCCUGGGGCCGGCGGCGGGCGCGGGCGCGGGCGCCGCGCGGCUCGUGGUCCGUGUCGCGGGCUCAUUACGAGUGGUGCUCAACACCAAAUUGUGGCCUGAUAUGGUGGUGGAGCGUGCCGGCACCAAAUCCUUAAGGAUCACUGCCGCUGAUGCUCAACAACAAGUUAAACUCUUCCUAAUAAUGGGAGCUCCAGUAGACAUAGCACAGCUACAUAGAGCCCUUACUUCUAGAAUAGCAGUUAGCAAAAGAACAAUUAAUUGCUCACAAAACACAACUUCUCAAAAGGCGGCAGAGAGGCUGGAGGCUGCUACCGAUGACAUUGAGUAUCUGGAUAAAGGCAAUGAUGAUGUUUAUUCAAAUGAUGAAUCCAAUUAUGAUGACAAGCCAAGUGGUUCUAUAGAUACCGCAAUGGGAAGUAAAUCUUCAGAUUGUGAGAGGCUGGAGGCAGAACCUGUAGAAAAGACUGACAAGCAUAAUUCGAAUUUAGACAGAACAAAUGAAGAGAGUGAUGGAAAAUCACUAAAGAGAAAGGAACCGGCCGAUGAUGAGACAUCACAUAAAAGACAAUGUCCUGAAAUAGUUAUUGAGUGAUAAUGCUAUUGAAUGUUGUGUGUAAAAAGUAGGUGUAAAUGUGGACAUUGUUCAUUUCUUGGCGUUACACUGUUUCAGGUCUCUUCUAAAUCUUAUGUAAAUGUACUAAACAAAUGUGUAGAAUAUUUAUAAUUAAAUCUUAGGCAUAUUGUAACAUUGUUAAUACAUUGUGUGGCAAUGCCAUUCGAUCAUGAUAACUAUGCUGGCAGUUGAUGUAUUAUGUAGUACAAAAUGUCACCACUUUAUGAAAUAUUUUGGGACACUACAAUCUGAUUUCACAUUCCAAUCAUUGCAAGUGAAUGCAUUGCUGAAUACCAAAUACAAAACAUUACUUAUGUGGAUUUUUUCUGAUAGAUUAUAAUUAAUAUCA